AUGCCGCCAUCCCGAUCUCGGAUAAAAGUAUACAACUUCAUCCAUUUGUUUCACAACGGCGCCACGGGCCUCCGUCGAAGGCCGGAUGCUUUCCACUCGCAGCUCGAUAGCUCUCCCGACUCAGACAUCCUCUCCUCCUCCCCGCCAGCCGUGGGAAAGCCCCAGACGCUCACUGAGAAGAUCGUCCAGCGAUACGCUGUCGGCCUUGCGCCGGGCAAGACGGUCCAUUCCGGUGAUUAUAUAUCUAUUGCGCCGCAUAGGAGCAUGUCCCAUGACAACAGUUUCCCCAUUAUCAAGAAAUGGAUGGACAUGGGCGCCACCAAGGUCCAUGAUAGCCGCCAAAUUGUCAUGACUUUGGAUCAUGACGUUGGCAACAAAUCGCCUGCGAACUUGAAGAAAUAUCAAUUGAUCGAGGAGUUUGCUCGGACCCAUGGCAUUGAUUUCUUUGGCGCCGGCCAUGGGAUUGGGCACCAGAUCAUGCUCGAAAACGGGUUCGCCUGGCCAGGAACAUUGACCGUUGCAUCUGAUAGUCACUCCAACAGCUAUGGCGCAGUUGGAGCCGUCGGCACACCAAUUGUGCGGACUGAUGCUGCGAGCAUUCUUGCUACAGGUCGCACAUGGUGGCAGAUCCCACCUAUCGCCAAGGUCACUCUCCUAGGCGUUCUACCUCCCGGUGUUACUGCAAAGGAUGUCAUCGUGGCGCUCUGCGGAUUAGUGAAUGACGAUUCGGUCCUAAAUCAUAGCAUUGAAUUCGCUGGUUCCGAAGAAACGAUGCGUAGUCUUUCUAUAGAUGAAAGAAUUACAAUCUCAAACAUGACGACGGAAUGGGGCGCGCUCAGUGGGCUCUUCCCCAUUGACGAUGUCUUGAUCAAUUGGCUGCGAGCCAAGGCCACCACCUCCGCCAUGCUCAACUCAGAUCUUGGUGCCGAGGCCCGUUUUACUCACGACCGAAUCGCCCAGCUCUCCCAGAACCGGCUCACCGCCGACCCCGGUGCAACUUACGCCAAAUCACUCUAUCUCGACCUUUCCUCGUUGACCCCAUUUGUCUCGGGUCCUAACAGCGUGAAGGUCGUCACACCUCUUCAUGACCUUGAGGCCCAGAAAAUUGCUGUUAACAAAGCCUAUUUGGUGUCCUGCACCAAUGGAAGAGCGUCUGAUAUCAGCGCCGCCGCUCGUGUAUUCCGCGAGGCUUCCAAGGACGGUGUCACGCCCAAGAUCGCUCCGGGCGUUAAUUUCUACAUUGCCGCCGCCUCUCUAGCUGAACAACAUAUCGCCGAAGAAGCUGGCGAUUGGCAGGUUCUCCUAGAUGCUGGUGCAGAAGCUCUUCCAUCAGGCUGCGGUCCUUGUAUAGGUCUUGGGACCGGACUGCUUGAGCCCAACGAGGUUGGCAUCAGCGCAUCGAACAGGAAUUUUUCAGGAAGAAUGGGAUCUAGAGAAGCAAAGGCGUACCUCGGCUCACCGGAAGUAGUCGCGGCCAGUGCUCUGUCGGGCUAUAUCAGCGGUCCUGGAUGGUAUCAGAACCCUGACGGCAUCGACAAGGUUAUCAUUGGCGAGGGCAGUGGCAACUUCGAGGCAGAUAAAGCCAUGAGCAUAGAGGAUGCCUUGGAUAGGAUCAUCGCCCAGGCUGACAGCAUGAUCCUUGAUGCCGAGAAGGAUAUGGGCGGCUCUGCCGUAGCACCUACAGACAGCACAGAGGAGACGCUAACCGAUAUCGUACCGGGUUUCCCAGAGAAAGUCGAGGGAGGUAUCAUCUUUUGCGACGCAGACAACAUCAACACCGACGGCAUAUAUCCAGGCAAAUACACGUAUCAAGAUAACGUUCCAGUCGAGAAGAUGGCGGAGGUGUGUAUGGAGAACUACGAUGCCGCUUUCAAGGACAUCGCCCAGCCAGGAGACGUGCUGGUCGGAGGCUUCAAUUUCGGAACGGGUUCAUCUAGGGAGCAAGCGGCCACAGCCCUCCUCGCCAAGAAGAUCCCGCUGGUCGUUGCGGGCUCCUUCGGCAACAUCUUCAGCCGCAACAGCAUUAACAAUGCGCUCCUUACGGUUGAGGUGCCUCGCCUUGUCCAGCGUCUUCGCGAGCGCUUCCCCAAGGGCGAUGGCGCCGACGCUCAGCUCACGCGACGUACGGGGUGGAAGUUCCUGUGGGACGUGCGUAGGAGCAAGGUCGUCAUCACAGAGGACAACGGAGAGACGUGGAGCCAGAAGGUGGGCGAGCUGCCGCCGAACGUGCAAGAAAUUAUUAGCAGAGGAGGUUUGGAGCGCUGGGUCGAGGCGGAGAUUGCAAAGUGA